AUGCCAUCAGCCAAAUCGUCUUCUAAUUGGGACUUCACUGCGGUGAUUGAUCUCCUUCACUCUCCCACGAAUCCGACCGUUGACCCGUACCGUCCUCGGCAUCGUGAGCUUCCGCCUGAUUCGGAUCGAGGCCAGUCGGAGUCCAACAGCCGGACUUCGGUGUCCUCUACCCAGCCAAAGGAUAUCCCACAUCAGGAUGCAGGUCAUCGGAGGCUUGGGGACUUUGGAUCCCUCUGGGACCUUAUCAAUCAGCCACCUCAGCUGGCCUUUGAUAAUGGUCACAUACCUGUGGAAGCAGUAGACUGCGACACGAGCCCCCGCAAACCGUCGUCCUCCGACCUCUAUACGUCGCAGACUCCUCCACAGACUCCUCCACAGAAAGUAUCCAUUUUGAAACGCCAUGAUAGCCGCACAAACACAAAGACAGAGACGUCAGACCUGUCUGACUUGUCUGACCAUGAUGCCAUUCCCGAAGCCGUCUCAGACUCGUCUACAGGAGUAGACUCCGUUGAGGAUGUCAGCAUAUUCGACUCUCCCGUUCCACGACCGUCCAGUCUAUCAUUUAUUCCUCCCCAAGUUGGCUCACCAUCUGGGAAAUCAGACCCUGUUCUGACACCUCCUUCUUCCUGCGAUGAGCUGGAUGGGAGCCCUAACAGGACUUCCCCGAGGCACCAUGGUAAAGCCGAAUCUGCUGUCGUGCCAUCCACCAAAUACAAGUCGUCAGCCGAGAGGAAAGCUGGUCUGAUGAUCAAAUUAUUAAAGCAAUUUCCUGAGUUCGCGGUGCAUAUCUCGUCCAGCAAGAAGAAGCAUCCGGAUCCUUCUUUACAGGUCCAUGUUUUUGUUGAUUCUUCUAAUAUUAUGAUCGGAUUUCAUGAUUGUUACAAAAUAUCCCAAAACAUCCCGGUCUCGACCCGCAUCCGUCGGCUCCCAUUGUCGUUUCAUAACUUUUCACUUAUUUUGGAGCGCGGCCGACCUGCGGCUAAGAGGGUCCUUGUGGGCUCCGAUCGUUUUCCAGCGAUAAACGAAGCCGAGAAGAUUGGCUACGAAACGAAUAUUCUGGAUCGCGUUCACAAAGCGAAACAGUGGACGCCCCGUCAACUGAAGUUCCGAAACGCCUUCUCUAAUGGGGUACAUAGCGGCUCUGAGAUGGGCUCUUCCCCUGAGGAGCGGUGGGUGGAACAGGGUGUGGACGAAAUUCUGCACCUGAAGAUGUUGGAAAGCCUGGUGGAUGCUGAAAAGCCAGCCACCAUGGUGCUUGCCACCGGGGAUGCGGCGGAAGCCGAGUACUCUGGUGGAUUUUUGAAGAUGGUCGAACGCGCGCUGCGCAAGGGAUGGACGGUCGAGCUUGUCAGCUUUUCUACGAACACCAGCUAUGCUUACAAGCGGAAGGAGUUCCGUGCGAAGUGGGGAUCUCGAUUCAAGAUGAUCAAUUUGGAGGAUUAUGUCGAAGAGCUUCUGGACGUGUAG